AUGUGCACCGUUGACACGUUUGCUAGGAUCAACACCGAACUUGGAGGUGUCAAUUCGCUACCAAGGUCGGGUGCUUUGGAGAAGCUCACGAGCGCUCCAUUCAUUGUUAUAGGGCCAGGUGCCGAUGUGGGAUAUCCUGCACCUGGCACGGUCAACCAGCCCUCUGCGGCUUCUCUCAUCUAUUUGUUUGAUCGGUAUUAUGCUGCACACUGGCAGUCCAGGUAUGAGGCAAUGAUAUCAGUCCAGCACCACAUCAAGAGAAAAAUCAACGAGUUGCACUCGCUGGUUUACAAUCAUGGGAAAGAGGAAAUCAAGGACAUCACAGGGGCGAUCGAUGACAUCUGGUGCAACAAAAGUUCAAAAUCAGAGUUAACAUUCAUAGUUGUAGGUAAACGGCACCAUGUCCGAUUCUUCCUGAAGAACAGGAAUGAAGCGGACAAGUCUAGGAACUGCUCUGCAGGAUUCAUCACUGACCAGGGAGUGGACAAUCCUGCAGUUGGGAUGGCCUCGCACCCUGUUCCGGGUGACAAGGGUGGCAUUAACUGA